CUUCACUCUAAUGAAGCCCAGGCCAUUGACGGUCAAAGGAGUAUAUCAGUCACUGCAAAAGAUCGCCAUCAGCAAGGGCACAGGGAGCCAGGAAAAUAAACAGAGAAUCGUCGAGAAACUGUUACAAGAUACUAGGGGCGCGGAAGAGAGCCGGUAUAUUGUGAGGACUCUCGUCCAAAACUUGCGAAUAGGAGCUGUGAAGACUACCAUGCUCAUCGCACUCGCACGCGCUUUUCUGUACUCUAAGCCGGAUGGCGCCGAUUUUGCUAUCCGUUCCCAACAAGAGUUGGCUCGUCUCAAGAAGGAAGACCUUGCUGCGGUUUACAACAAUGCAGAAGAGAUUGUCAAGGCAUCAUAUGCUAGACACCCUGAUUACAAUGACCUAAUUCCCUGUUUACUCGAGAUAGGGGUCACGGAAGAACUCCUUGUACGAUGUGGCCUGCAACUUCAUAUACCGUUGAGGCCGAUGUUAGGCAGCAUCACUCGGGACCUCUCUGAAAUGCUGACGAAACUACAAGGACGGGAUUUUACCUGCGAAUACAAAUAUGACGGGCAGCGUGCCCAGGUGCACUGUGAUGAGGCUGGCAAAGUAUCCAUAUUCUCCCGUCAUCUUGAAAACAUGACAGAGAAAUACCCGGACCUGGUGUCUCUGGUUCCUCAGAUUAGAGGCGAGAGCGUGUCGAGCUUCAUACUUGAGGGUGAAGUAGUCGCUGUUGACCAGGGAACGGGAGAACUCCAAGCCUUUCAGGUUUUGACUAAUCGCGCCAAAAAGAACGUUGAUAUAGGGACUAUCAAGAUUAAUGUUUGUCUCUUUUCGUUCGACCUGAUGUAUCUGAACGGAACCCCUCUGUUGGAUCGAUCUUUCCGCGAACGUAGAGAGCUUAUACGAAGCUUAUUUGUGGAAAUCCCCAACCGGUUCACAUGGGUGAAGAGUAUUGAUGCCACAUCUGCCGAUUCCGAGGCCGUUCUUGAAUUUUUCAAAAGUGCAACAGAUACCAAAUGCGAAGGCAUCAUGGUCAAGGUGCUCGACAAUGCGUCGAAGUCAAAUAACCUGGAACCAUUGGAGACCCCAAACAACGACAUAGACAAACCGGAGUCAAACCCAAACACGAAAGGAGGCCGCCGAAAGGCCUUACUUUCCACAUACGAACCAGACAAACGACUCGAAUCAUGGCUCAAAGUCAAAAAGGACUACAGCACCUCAUCCGAAACCCUCGACCUGAUCCCCGUAGGGGGCUGGCACGGACAAGGCCGAAAGGCCAAAUGGUGGUCACCCAUCCUGUUAGCCGUACGGAAUCCCGAGACCGGCAGCCUCGAAGCCGUCACAAAAUGCAUGUCUGGCUUCACGGACAAGUUCUACCAGGCCAACAAAGAUAAAUACACAGAAGGCAGCGCCAACGUGAUCUCACGGCCCAGCUACGUCGAAUACUACGGCGAGCCGGACGUUUGGUUCGAGCCGCAAGAGGUAUGGGAGAUGGCCUUUGCAGAUAUCACGCUCAGCCCGACUUACACGGCUGCCAUCGGACUGGUGAGCGAUGAGCGAGGUCUUAGUCUUCGGUUUCCCCGGUUUCUUCGCGUCCGGGAGGACAAGUCCAUUGAUGAAGCUACCACGUCGGAUUACCUAGCCUUGCUGUGGAGGAAGCAAUUCGAACGUUCCCAGAAAGAAGAAUCAGGACCCUCUGCUCCAGAUGCUGGGUUAGGUUGGCAGGAGGAAUGAAUGCGACGCGAUUCAGCAAUGUAUCUGAAAAUGUACCGGUUGGAUCACCCGGAAACGGGCAAUGUAUUCGGCACAACAUGUUGCUAUAAUAAUUCUAUUUUGGCUGAGGAGCAUAUUAUAUAAUGAAAACACCAUCCGCACUGGUAUCCAG